GAAAGGGCUCCAUUUGCCCCAGGUGUGCUGGCAGAAGCCUGUCACAGUCCGGUGAAAUUUAAAUCCUGCUCAGGGACUGUCCUGGGAGUUUGGCGAAGUAGACAGUGAGCAUCACGCGCUGUUGGUCCAGAGCUGCUUGUGUUGGAUACACAUUUUAGGUCUUGAAUUUCAUCAUGGCCAAACCUUAUGAAUUUAACUGGCAGAAGGAAGUCCCUUCCUUUUUGCAAGAAGGAGCAGUUUUUGACAGAUAUGAAGAGGAAUCCUAUGUGUUUGAACCCAAUUGCCUCUUCAAAGUGGAUGAAUUUGGCUUCUUUCUGACCUGGAAAAGUGAAGGCAAGGAAGGACAAGUGUUAGAAUGUUCUCUCAUCAACAGUAUUCGGCUGGGAGCCAUUCCUAAGGAUCCCAAAAUCCUGGCUGCUCUUGAAGCUGUUGGAAAAUCGGAAAAUGAUCUGGAAGGCCGGAUAGUCUGUGUCUGCAGUGGUACAGAUCUGGUGAACAUCAGCUUCACUUACAUGGUGGCAGAAAAUCCAGAAGUCACUAAGCAAUGGGUAGAAGGCCUGAGAUCGAUCAUACACAACUUCAGAGCCAACAACGUCAGUCCAAUGACAUGUCUCAAGAAACACUGGAUGAAAUUGGCAUUUAUGACCAACCCCAGUGGUAAAAUUCCAGUUAGGAGUAUUACUAGAACCUUUGCAUCGGGAAAAACAGAAAAAGUGAUCUUUCAAGCCCUCAAGGAGUUAGGUCUUCCAAGUGGAAAGAAUGAUGAAAUUGAGCCUGCUGCCUUUACUUAUGAAAAGUUCUAUGAACUUACGCAAAAGAUUUGUCCUCGGACAGAUAUAGAAGAUCUUUUUAAAAAAAUCAAUGGAGACAAAACUGAUUAUUUAACGGUAGACCAAUUAGUGAGCUUUCUAAAUGAACAUCAACGAGAUCCCCGACUGAAUGAAAUUUUAUUCCCAUUUUAUGAUGUUAAAAGGGCAAUGCGAAUCAUUGAGAUGUAUGAACCUGAUGAAGAUUUGAAGAAAAAAGGCCUCAUAUCAAGUGAUGGGUUUUGCAGAUAUCUGAUGUCAGACGAAAAUGCUCCAGUCUUCCUAGAUCGCUUAGAGCUUUACCAAGAAAUGGACCACCCUCUAGCUCACUACUUCAUCAGCUCUUCCCAUAACACCUAUCUCACUGGCCGACAGUUCGGUGGGAAGUCUUCGGUGGAGAUGUACAGACAAGUCCUCCUGGCUGGCUGCAGGUGUGUUGAACUUGAUUGUUGGGAUGGAAAAGGUGAAGAUCAAGAACCAAUAAUAACUCAUGGAAAAGCAAUGUGCACAGAUAUCCUUUUUAAGGAUGUAAUUCAAGCCAUCAAGGAAACUGCAUUUGUCACGUCAGAAUAUCCUGUAAUUCUCUCCUUUGAAAAUCACUGCAGCAAAUAUCAACAGUACAAGAUGUCCAAAUAUUGUGAAGAUCUAUUUGGGGAUCUCCUGUUGAAACAAGCACUUGAAUCACAUCCACUGGAGCCAGGAAGGCCUUUGCCAUCCCCCAAUGACCUCAAAAGAAAAAUACUCAUCAAAAAUAAACGGCUGAAACCCGAAGUUGAAAAAAAACAGCUUGAAGCUCUGAAAAGCAUGAUGGAAGCUGGAGAAUCCGCGGCUCCAGCUAACAUCUUAGAAGAUGAUAAUGAAGAGGAAAUAGAAAGUGCUGACCAGGAGGAGGAAGCUCACCCCGAAUUCAAAUUUGGAAAUGAACUUUCUGCAGAUGACCUGGGUCAUAAAGAAGCUGUUGCCAAUAGCGUCAAGAAGACUUCAGAUGACCUUGAACAUGAGAACAACAAAAAGGGCCUGGUUACUGUGGAAGAUGAGCAGGCAUGGAUGGCGUCGUAUAAGUACGUAGGUGCUACCACUAACAUCCACCCGUAUUUGUCCACGAUGAUCAACUACGCACAGCCUGUAAAGUUUCAAGGUUUCCACGUGGCAGAAGAACGGAAUAUUCAUUAUAACAUGUCGUCUUUUAAUGAGUCAGUCGGUCUUGGCUACUUGAAGACACAUGCAAUUGAAUUUGUAAAUUAUAACAAACGGCAAAUGAGUCGCAUUUACCCCAAGGGAGGCCGAGUUGAUUCCAGUAAUUACAUGCCUCAAAUUUUCUGGAACGCUGGCUGCCAGAUGGUUUCGCUGAACUACCAAACCCCAGAUUUAGCGAUGCAAUUGAAUCAGGGAAAAUUUGAGUAUAAUGGAUCGUGCGGCUACCUUCUCAAACCAGACUUCAUGAGGCGGCCAGAUAGAACAUUUGAUCCCUUCUCAGAAACCCCAGUGGAUGGAGUUAUUGCAGCCACGUGUUCAGUGCAGGUCAUAUCAGGGCAAUUCUUAUCAGAUAAGAAAAUUGGCACGUAUGUAGAAGUAGAUAUGUAUGGAUUGCCAACCGAUACCAUACGCAAGGAAUUCCGAACGCGCAUGGUUAUGAACAAUGGACUGAAUCCAGUUUACAAUGAAGAAUCAUUUGUAUUUCGGAAGGUAAUCCUGCCCGACCUGGCUGUUUUAAGAAUAGCAGUGUAUGAUGAUAACAACAAGCUGAUUGGCCAGAGGAUCCUUCCAUUGGAUGGCCUCCAAGCGGGGUAUCGACACAUUUCCCUUCGAAAUGAGGGAAAUAAACCUUUGUCACUGCCAACAAUUUUCUGCAAUAUUGUUCUUAAAACAUACGUGCCUGAUGGAUUUGGAGACAUUGUGGAUGCUUUAUCAGAUCCAAAAAAAUUUCUUUCAAUUACUGAAAAGAGAGCAGACCAAAUGAGAGCUAUGGGCAUUGAAACGAGUGACAUAGCUGAUGUACCCAGUGACACUUCCAAGAAUGAUAAGAAAGGAAAAGCCAACACAGCCAAAACAAAUGUGACCCCUCAGAGCAGCUCUGAGCUCAGACCAACAACCACAGCUGCCACAGGCUCUGGCAUAGAAGCCAAAAAAGGUAUUGAACUUAUCCCUCAAGUGAGGAUAGAAGAUUUAAAGCAGAUGAAGGCUUACUUAAAGCAUUUAAAGAAACAACAGAAAGAGCUCAAUUCUUUAAAGAAGAAGCAUGCAAAGGAGCACAGUACCAUGCAGAAGUUACAUUGCACGCAAGUUGACAAAAUCGUGGCACAGUAUGACAAGGAGAAGUCGACUCAUGAGAAAAUCCUAGAGAAGGCCAUGAAGAAGAAGGGGGGAAACAAUUGCCUUGAAAUGAAAAAAGAAACAGAAAUUAAAAUUCAGACACUGACAUCAGAUCACAAAUCUAAGGUCAAAGAGAUUGUGGCACAGCACACAAAGGAAUGGUCAGAAAUGAUCAACACCCACAGUGUGGAGGAGCAAGAAAUCCGGGACCUGCACCUUAACCAGCAGUGUGAGUUGCUGAAGAAGCUACUGAUGAAUGCUCAUGAGCAGCAAACCCAGCAGCUGAAACUGUCCCACGACAGGGAAAGCAAGGAAAUGCGAGCCCAUCAGGCUAAGAUUUCUAUGGAAAAUAGCAAAGCUAUCAGCCAAGAUAAAUCCAUCAAGAAUAAAGCAGAACGGGAAAGGCGAGUCAGGGAAUUAAACAGCAGUAACACCAAAAAGUUUCUAGAAGAAAGAAAAAGACUCGCGAUGAAGCAGUCCAAAGAAAUGGAUCAGUUGAAAAAAGUUCAACUUGAACACCUUGAAUUCCUAGAGAAACAGAAUGAGCAGCUUUUGAAAUCCUGUCAUGCAGUGUCCCAAACGCAAGGCGAAGGAGAUGCAGCAGAUGGUGAAAUUGGAAGCCGAGAUGGACCGCAGACCAGCAACAGUAGUGUGAAACUCCCAAACGCAGACUGAAGCAGCAGAACCGCCAAACAUCAAAAGAUCACUCCCAGCUUCUGAACACACACUCCAUGGACAAAAGCUGUUUUCUUUUGUGUUUCCUUCAUGCAUAUACAAGAUGUUACCUGAAACCACAGAGACUGGGGAUGAUUUAUAUACUUUGAUUCAACAUUUUGAGUAUUAAAUUUCCUUGGCCAAACAAAAGUAGGUGCAAAUUUACACCAGUAAGGCAGAGUUUAACCAUUGACAAUACAACUUAAACAUGUUAUAAGAAACCAUCACAGGAAAAUGAGCUUGGUGUUAACAACUCUGCUUUGUGAUGCAUUAGAACAUGUUUAAGCUGCUGCAAAAAUAGUGCAUUAGCAAUUUAAUAGCAAGUGCAUGCACUAGAGGAAAAAAGCAAAACUCUGUCAGAUUCCUUAGCAGAAGUGGUGGUCUGUGGGACAAAUAAUCUUGCAAAAUUUUUCUACAUCUAAGUUACCUCAUCAAUAAGUGCCAUGUCUUUACCAUGCCAUAGCAAACUAAUUUCCUGUAAAAUUUGUGGAAAUUAGUACAACAAUAAAGAAAUACCAUAGAAAAGUGUACCUGUGCCAAAACUGAUCAGCGCUCAAAGGGGAACUCUGUUAGGGUCAUUUAAGAAAGUUUACAUCUGACACUGCUUUAUAGCAAUUGCUUAUUCUGAAUAUUCCAGAUAUUAUAAUUCACUACUACACCAUAAAGAUUGUGGUUAUUGGCAAAUGUUUGUAAAUGUGACCAUGUAUAAAGUAUUUAUACUCCUUAACUCACACUGUUAUAGAGCAAAAUCAUCUAAGUAUUGCCACAUGACAAAGAUUAGUUAACAGGAAUAUUAGAAUUAUGUUUUGCAUGACACACACACCAGUUAAGACUAAUCCGUUCAGACAGUUAACCUAAUGCCAAAUACAUACCGGUUAAAGAAAUGUAUGGCACAGAAUAUAAUUUGAACUAUCCAGACUUUUAGCAUAAUGAAAAUGUCUUUAUAUAUACAUAUAUAUAUAUAUAUAUAUAUGUGUGUGUGUGUGUGUGUGUGUGUAUAUGAAUUAUGUGGGCAUUCUUGAUACUUCAAGUUCUAGUUUAAAAAAAUACAUAACUAAUUUAAUUUUACACAAAAAAAUAUUUAUGCAGAUUUUCAGAAUUUCAUAUCAAGAAAUAAUCUUUUUAUGUCUACUAAAUAUCCAAACAAUUUGCUCCAGUGUUAAUCUGCAUGGUCUUUAAGCCUGCUAUUGUCCUGUUGCAGACAGUGCAUGAAGAAGUAUCAUGCUGGGAACUGAGCCAUGCCGCCAAAGCCAGGAGCUGGGAGCAGCGCAUGGAGGCCUGGUAG